AGUCCACCGCGUUCCACAGAGAUCUCCCUCCCAUCAUCUCUCUCCCUCUCUCCCUCUCUCUUACAAGUCACACUCACACACACACAGUCACACGCACGGAUUCAGGAGAGAGAAAUGGUAACCGUAUCUUUCAUCUCAUCCGCUCCUUCGAUGGCGUCUCUGGUCCAGUCGCCGUCUACCUCCGCCCGCCGGAAAUUCUCGCGCCGUUCUAGCACCAUAAAUUGCAGAGCUGAAGCUGAAACCCUCGACGACGAACGCCUCUCACGCCGCCGUGCUCUGCAAUGCUUUACUGCUGCCACCGUCAGCGUGGACUUGAUAGGAAGAUCCACCUCGUUAAUUGAAGUGGCUCAUGCAGCUGACUUGAUACAACGCCAACAACGCUCACAAUUUCAGUGGAAUCCUUGCGACAGCACUGAAGGUAAAAGUUUGAGCACUAGAAUGAAACCCACUCUUAAAGGGAAUCCAGAUCUCAUCCCAUCUGUAUUAACUUUAGCGCUUAAUGAUGCUGUAACUUACGAUAAGGCAACAAAAUCUGGAGGUCCCAAUGGCUCGAUACGGUUUAGCUCAGAGAUCAGCCGACCAGAAAAUAAAAAUCUGGCUGCUGCUCUAAGUUUGUUGGAGGAUGCAAAGAAGGAAAUAGAUUCUGUAUCCAAAGGUGGACCAAUAUCAUAUGCAGAUCUCAUCCAAUAUGCAGCUCAAAGUGCUGCCAAAUCUACCUUUCUUGCCUCCGCCAUCCGGAAAUGUGGUGGAAAUGAAGAGAAAGGGGCAUUACUCUACACUGCAUAUGGCUCAAGUGGGCAGUGGGGCCUCUUUGACCGGCAGUUUGGGAGGUCAGAUGCAGAACAACCCGACCCAGAAGGAAGGGUUCCUCAGUGGGAGAAAUCCACCGUUGAGGAAAUGAAAAAUAAGUUCUCCGCUAUCGGUUUUGGGCCCCGCCAGCUAGCUGUCAUGUCAGCAUUCUUGGGUCCCGACCAGUCGGCAAACGAGGCAUUGCUAGCUUCUGAUCCGGAUGUUCUGCCAUGGGUUCAGAAAUAUCAACGCAGCCGUGAAACAGUAUCACAAACUGAUUAUGAGAUGUCUGAAUUGGUAGCAAGAACUGGCCGGCAUCAGCAGCGCUACGAGGAUGGCUACCGCCUCAUUGCUGGGUGUAUUCCGUUUAGAUAUAGGACCAUGGAAAAUGGCAGUGGUUCACCAGAGAAGAUAGUUGAAGUACUAAUGAUCAAUUCAAAUAGCGGACCAGGUCUUCUAUUUCCGAAGGGUGGAUGGGAAAACGACGAGACAGCUGAGGAAGCAGCUGAGAGAGAAGCCAUGGAAGAGGCUGGAGUUCGAGGGGACUUAGUGCAUUUUCUUGGUUGCUAUUCUUUCAAGAGCAAAACACUGCAGGACGAUUAUAGCCCGGAAGGUCUAUGCAAAGCCGCAAUGUACGCCUUGCAUGUGAAGGAGGAGCUCGAUUGCUGGCCGGAGAAAAGUCAAAGGGAGAGAAGUUGGUUGACUAUAUCAGAAGUCGUUCAAUGCUGCAGGCACGAUUGGAUGAGAGAGGCUCUUGAGAAAGGCUUUUCGAAAUGGUAUGCAGAUGGUAUGAUCAACACUCUCGGAAAAAGGGAUGAAUCGGAUUAGUACUUUUUUUUUCUUUUUUUUCUUUUUU